AUGGAGGCGCCCGCCAGCGCGCAGACCCCACACCCGCACGAGCCCAUCAGCUUUGGCAUCGACCAGAUCCUCAACAGCCCGGACCAGGACAGCGCGCCCGCCCCGCGGGGCCCCGACGGCGCCAGCUACCUGGGAGGCCCCCCGGGGGGCCGGCCGGGCGCCACAUACCCUUCUCUGCCCACCUCCUUUGCGGGCCUCGGCGCACCCUUCGAGGACGCGGGAUCUUACAGUGUCAACCUGAGCCUGGCGCCCGCUGGUGUGAUCCGGGUGCCGGCGCACAGGCCGCUGCCAGGGGCCAUGCCGCCGCCUCUGCCCAGCGCGCUGCCCGCCAUGCCCUCCGUGCCCACUGUUUCCAGCCUGGGCGGCCUCAAUUUCCCCUGGAUGGAGAGCAGCCGCCGCUUCGUGAAAGACCGCUUCACAGCAGCGGCGGCGCUCACGCCCUUCACCGUGACCCGGCGUAUCGGCCACCCUUACCAGAAUCGGACGCCGCCCAAGCGUAAAAAGCCGCGCACGUCCUUUUCCCGGGUGCAGAUCUGCGAGCUGGAAAAGCGCUUCCACCGCCAAAAGUACCUGGCGUCGGCCGAGAGGGCGGCGCUCGCCAAGUCCCUCAAAAUGACGGACGCGCAGGUCAAGACCUGGUUCCAAAACCGGAGGACCAAGUGGCGGCGGCAGACGGCGGAGGAGCGGGAGGCGGAGCGGCAGCAGGCGAGCCGGCUCAUGCUGCAGCUGCAACACGACGCCUUCCAAAAGAGCCUCAACGACUCCAUCCAGCCCGACCCGCUCUGUCUGCACAACUCGUCACUCUUCGCUCUGCAGAAUCUGCAGCCCUGGGAGGAGGAUAGUUCCAAGGUUCCCGCCGUCACCUCGCUAGUGUGA